AUGAAUAUUUCUGGCAGUGAUGAAGUAUCUGCUGUAAGCCAGACUGCUGUUCUGAUACAGUCAUUUGAACAAAAACAGAGAGUGGAAAUUAUAAAAAAGUCACAGAUCCCACCAGUGGAGAUAUCUGAAGAAACCAUGGUUGCUUUGAAAGCAGAUAUUGGAAUACCAUGGGAAAAACUGAAAACAAUGGCUCGUUGGUUAAGGACAUUCAACAUUAAACCAGCUGCAAUCAACAAACAACGACAUGUAGCACAACCAUGGGCUGGCAAUGAAUACAUUGUUGAGGAUACACCUUUUACAAUGGAAUCAAAUGACCACAAAGGAGUAUAUGAAGUUAGAACAGCACCCUGGUCAUAUGUAGCAGAUCUUAAAUCACACAUCUUAGAUCGUAUGGAUAAACUUCAUGAGAGCAACUUUGUGACGCAUCCUAAAGAAUUUCAGAAAGAAAUACAUUUAAAGAUUGGUGGAGAUCAUGGUGGUAAAUCUUUUAAAAUGAGUUACCAAGUUUGUAAUGUGGAGAAACCAAACAAGAAAAGAAAUACAGUGGUGUUUUCAUACUUUGAGGCAAAGGAUUACCGUGUUAAUCUUAAAGUUGGUUUACAAACAUUCAAAAGUCAAAUUGACGAGCUUCAACUGAGCCACUGGAGGGGAUAUCCAAUCAGAGUUUUCAUGUUUGGUGACUAUGAAUUUUUGUGUGCCGUUUAUGGCCUUACUGGAGCAAAUGGACGCCACUGUUGUUUAUUUUGUAACAUCACUUCAACUGAGAUGCAGUUAGCAGAUCGUGGAGCUUCAGAGUUUCGAACUUUAGAUACUUUGAAGCGAGACUUUGAAAAUUUCAAUGAGGAUGGUGGCAAUAUUAAGAAGGCAAAGUUUUUCAACAAUGUCAUUGGUCAGCCUAUGUUCAAUAUUCCAAUAGAUCAGGUUGCUCUCCCUGUACUCCAUAUCUCUCUUGGAACUUUUUUGAAAUUCUUCAACAUGCUAGAAGAAAAGUGUAGAAUCAUUGAUUUAAAAAUUUCAAAAAAGAUUGCUGGUGUCUUCACCAGCAAAAACGAUAUUGAGGAAUACAACAUGCUGCACCAGAAGGCCAAAGAUCUGGAACAUUGUAUUGUUGAUUGCACAGAAAAAAUUGAAUUGGUGAAUGAUGCUAUUGCAAGAUCUGUGAUUGACAAUCCAGACAAUGAAGAAUUCAUCAAAAAGACAUAUGAACCAAGACUAGAGUAUCUUCAAACCAAAUUAGUAAAUAAGGAAAAAGAAAUGGAAAAACUUUUAAGAUCACCAUGUUUCAAAAAAAGUUAUGGGCCUUGUGUAAAAAAGUUGGAUGAAAUUUUGUCAAAGUUAAAAGUACAGCGGCAAGCGUAUCAUGGGAAGAGUUUUGUGGGAAACCACGUUCAUAAAAUGUUGAAGGUUGAAAACAUUAUCACACUGUGCAAUUCAUUGCCAAUAUUAAUUGUUGGCCUUGGUUUUGCAAGUACAGAAAUUCAUAUGGAAGCCAUUGAAGUGUGCCAAUCAUUUAAACUCUUAUUCCACAAAUAUUCGAAGUGCCACAAUUUGAUUAACGAUUCACAAGUAUUUGACAAAGAACGACUCAGUGAAUUAGACCAAAGUAUCAUUGACUUAAUGGCAUACCUUAGAAAUACGUGGCCAAAAGAAAGCAUCACCCCAAAACUUCAUUUACUGGAGGAUCAUGUUCUUCCAUUCCUUAAAAGAUGGAAAACAGGUCUUGGGGUGUAUGGAGAGCAAGGAGGUGAAGGUAUUCAUGCAGAAUUUAAUUCAAUAAAAGCGAUUUACUGCAGAAUGCCAUCUUCGGUUGCCCGAGUUCACAGCAUUCUCAAGGAACACUACAUUCGCGUGCAUCCAAGGUGUAUAGAGAUGAAGCCAGAGGCAAAAAAACGAAAGAAAAUAGAAUAACAAUAUAUAUAAUAUAUAUAUACACAAGUUAUAUGGUUAUUUAUUAGUAUCAUUUGCAUAAAAUUUUCUAAUUUUACGUACCUUUGACUUUCACCAUGUUCUUUUCCGAUUUUUUCAGCAAAAAAAUAGCCACAGCUAGCAUGCAUCUGCCUGUUG